UGCACCUCUCUCUUUUACAUCCCUCCCCUUUGCCUCUCUGCCCCCUUCGCAUCUCUGCCUUUUCCCAUCCCUCCCCUUUGCAUCUCUGCUCCUCGCAUCUCUGCCCCUGUGCACCCCCUGCCCCUCUGCCCCUCGACCCUUUGCAUCUUCGCCCCUUCGCACCCCUGCCUGCUGGGAUCUCAACCCUUUGGGUAUCUGGCACCCUCCGCUCGCCCCCCCUCCCCUCCCCUUUGCACCCCCGCCCUUUCGCUUCCCUGCCCCUUCGCAUCUCCGCCUGCCUGCCUCCCUGCCUCCUCCACCCCGGCCCUCCUGCACCUCUCCCCCAGCGCCCCCGUCCCCCGCAGCCUCCGGGGCAGCCCGCAGCGCCUCCGGCCCGUCCCGCGUGCGUGUGCCCCCCCCCCCGCUCCCCGCCGCCUUCAGCUCCCCCCAGGGUCCCCCUGCCCUGCCCGCCCGCCCGCCCCCGGCCCGGCCGCGGAGCCGCCCGCGAUGCCGCCCCCGCCGCGGCUGCUGCCGCUGCUGGUGCUGGGGCUGGGGCUGGGGGCGCGGGCGGGCGGCGGGGGGGGCUGCCAGCUGCCGGCCGAGUGGCGCCCGCUCAGCGAGGGCUGCCGCGCCGAGCUGGCGGCGAUCAUCGUCUACGCUCGGGUGCUGGCGCUGCACCCCGACACCUACGGCGCCUACAACUACCUGCCCUGGCAGAGGGGCCCCCCCGGCGGCCCCCAGCAGGGAGCGGGGGGGCUCUUUUAUUCGGCCGAGAUCGAGCUGCUGUGCGACCAGGCGUGGGGCAGCAUGCUGGAGGUGCCCGCCGGCUCCCGCCUCAACCUCACCGGCCUCGGCUACUUCUCCUGCCACUCGCAUACCGUCAUGCAGGGCUACGCUUAUUUCUUCUUCCUCCGAAUGGAUGAGAACUACAUCCUCCUGCCCCACGGAGUCAACUUCCAGGAGGCGAUUUUCCCGGACACCCAGGAAAACAGAAGAAUGUUUGCCAGCCUUUUCCAGUUUUCUAACUGCUCGCAGGCGCAGCACGUGUUGAGCUUCUCCAGUGACUGGGAGAUUCAAGAGGACAACCGGCUCAUGUGCUCCUCAGUCCAGAAAGCCCUGUUUGAGGAGGAGGACAGGGUGAAGAAGCUGCAGCAAAAGGUGGCGACACUGGAGAAGCGCAACAAGCAGCUGCGAGAUCGGGUGAAGAAAGUUAAGAGGUCUCUCCGGCAAGCCAGGAAAAACACCAGGCACAUUGAGCAGAUGAACCGAAAGCUCACUGAGAAACUUUCAUCUGCAGGUGGUCAAAUCCCCUAUAUUAACUCUUUAAAGCAGGAGAACUCCCAUGCUACCUACCUUAAAGUAUAAUGCAAGGGUAAGUGCUCAGGCCAAUGGUAAUAGCAAACUUUGCCUGCAUUAGAUCAGGAUCUGGCUCUCACACCUUGUCUACACUGUGCUUCAAACCUUGCAGGGAAAAUGAAUCUGAACUUGCUUUAGACACAGUGCUAGAUUAAACAGGACUGCAAACCGGAUUUGGCUGUGUGUUGGUGGCACAGCCCAAAGCCAUGCCAUAGAAUCACAGGAUCGUGUAGGUUGAAAAAGACUUUUAAGAUCAAGUCCAACCAUUAACCCAACACUGCCAAGUCCAUCACUAAACCAUGUCCCUGAGCACCACAUCUACACGUCUUUUCAAUGCCUCCAGGGAUGGUGAUUCAACCACUUCCCUGGGAAGCCUGUUCCAGUGCUUCACAAGCUUUUUGGUAAUGAAAUUUUUCCUAGUAUCCAAUCUAAACCUCCCCUGACACAACUUGAAGCCUUUUCUUCUCAUCCUAUCAUUAGUAACUUGGGAGAAGAGACCAACACCCACCUCGCUACAACCUCCUUUCAGGUAGUUGUAGAAAGCGAUAAGGGCUCCCCUCAGGCUCCUCUUCUUCAGGCUAAACAACCCCAGUUCCCUCAGCCGCUCCUCAUCAGACUUGUUCUCCAGACUCUUCACCAGCUUUGUUGACCUCCUCCGGACACGCUCCAGCAGCUCAGUGCUUUUCUUGUACUGAGGGGCCCAAAACUGAGCACAGUAUUUGAGUUGCGGCCUCACCAGUGCCGAGCACAGGGGCACGGUCACUGCCCUGCUCCUGCUGGCCACACUACUCCUGAUACAAGCCCGGAUGCCGUUGGCCUUCUUGGCCGCCUGGGCAUGCUCCUGGCUCAUGUUCAGCCAGCUGUCAACCAACACUCCCAAGUCCUUCUCCUCUGGGCAGCUCUCCAGCCACUCCUCCCCAAGCCUGUAAUGUUGCCUGGGGUUGUUGUGACCCAAGUGCAGGACCCAGCACUUGGCCUUGUUGAACCUCAUACAAUUGGCCUUGGCCCAUUGAUCCAGCCUGCCCAGAUCGCUCUGCAGAGCCUUCCUGCCCUCACACAGAUCAACACUCCUUCCCAACUUGGUGUCACCUGCAAACUUACUGAGGGUGCCCUCGAUCCCCUCAUCUGGAUUGUUGAUAAAGAUACUAAAAAGAACCAGCCCCAAAACUAAGCCCUGGGGACACCACUUGUGACCAGCUGCUAACUGGAUUUAUCUCCAUUCACUGCAACUCUUUGGGCCCGGUCAUCCAGACAGUUUUUUUUCCCAGUGAAGAGUACACCCAUCCAAGCCAUGAGCAGCCUGUUUCUCCAGGAGAAUGCCUUACUAAAGUCCAGUUUGACAUCACCCACAGCCUUUUCCUCAUUCACUAAGCGGGUCACCUUAUCCUAGAAGGAGCUCAGGUUAGUCAAGCAGGACCUGCCUUCAUAAACCCAUCCUGAUUGGUCCUGAUCACCUUGCUGUCCCCAGUGGCCACAGGGCCAGACAGUAAUCUGUGCUUCUCUGCCCUCACACCCCUCCACCUCUGUCACCAGUUUUAGAUUGUCUUUGAUGAAAGUGCCAGUUCAGCCCUGUGGGCCAUUGCAGGUGCGUGACACAGGAGCUCUUUUUGCCAACUUACUUCCUCCACAUGUGCUGGGCAAGGAAGACCAAGGGGAUAUAUGGAGAUGGAUGCUGUGGGAAGGAUGCAGGCACAAAUGCUCUUUGCUCCAUCAUCACCCCCAAGUCCUCACUCUCCCUUUAGCUUUACUGAAGUCUACAUCCAGUGUCUGAGCAAAGGCUGUGUCUGGGACACACAGUCAUUUUGGGCCCCUCUUCAAAGCGAAGCAUAAAUGUGCCCAAAUUGUCUUAAGACUGUUUCUAAAUAUAGCUAAGUAUUCUAAAUAAAAUGUCUAAUAUUUUUUAUUUUACCAGAAAGUGCCUCAAGGGUCUUAGUAACUCCCUCAGGUGCCUUUAUCAUUUCCCGGCCAACAGGGUUGGAAACCAUGUCAUUUUGGGACUGUCUAGGACCUAAUCCACCUCCUGCAGUCAGGACUAUUAGUGGAUGCUGGAUCGGGCCCAGCAGACAACUUCAGAUCCCAUUUUCGAGCAGGUUUAAUUUACAGUGUGGACAAGGCUUCAAGUUUUGUAAUCACUGUUUGAGGUAUAAUGGAGGUUGCUGGGCAGCCUCACCUAGUUACACUUAGAUGCUGUAGACACCACAUCAAUAUCAACAGGGCAUUAAAAUUAAGGUAGUUUAUAUAUGUAUAUAUUUUAAAAUCCUAUAGAAAAUAUUUUUAUUACACAUUUGAUAUAGUCUAAUUUCUUAAAAUAUGAAGUAAAUCCUGUUUCUUGGUUAUCUCACUAAAAAAAAGGCCAUCAUGUCCUUUAUUAGACAUUUACAAACUGGCUUCUGCUCAAACAGCAUAGAUUAAGGCAUCAGUAUCCAUGGCUGAUAAGGUUUUCAACCGUGUUAAUAUACCGAAGAGUGUCUUAUGUCUUGGUUCUCAACCAACCUUCCUUAAAAACAGGGCACCAUAAGGAGAGAAAGGUAGAAGAGUUUUUGUGGUUUUCUUCUCUUCUCAAAAUAGUUGUUCUUAUUCCAAGCGUGACACCCGAGUGCAGAUCUGCUUCAUGCUUUUCGACAGGGGCAGCCAGCCCUUGCCCAGCCUCAGGCGGUGCUGACAAUCUGCCAGGGCUAAACUGGAUUUAUACAAGGUGGGCUGAUCCAGGUGAUCUUUAACAGAGGUGAAGCCCUCAGAAGCAACUGUGUAAACCACUGCUCUGUUCCUAACUCUCCACACUUUACCAGAUUGCUGCAUGGUCUCCAUGCUGUACCUCAGCACUCAAAAUCAGAGUAUAUCCAGGCUACAGCCCUGCUGGACCACUCUUUAACUACCCCUGUGCUAGGAAAAGCCCAUAUCAGCUUUCAACCAUGAGCUUCAGUCCAAGCUGAACUCAGAAGUUAAGCCUUGUGUUGGCUUCUAGGAUGCUGCUGAGUUUAAUUACCUUCUAGUUUUGCUCCUUUUGGAAAUAAAGCUUUUUUUCUUUUCUUUCUCCCCCCCUCUUGAAAUAAUGUUGGCAUUUCUUAAGAUUCUGACUCCUCCUCAAGCUCCACUGGUUUCAAAGGCUUUGCCUACCGAAUCAGCACAAUUUGAGUUGUUUUGUGCUCUAGUCAGCAAUGCUGUUUCCUGAGAAUUACUACAGACCUAAGGCUUCCCUAGAAGCCAUCAAGAGAUUUUAACUCCAAAAUUUAAACCCAUAGGAAAAUAAGUAAUGUUUUUGUUUGUUUGUUUCUGGUUUCUAAACUGCUGUUUAAAUAAAUGAACUGUUUUUCCUGGUAUAGGUAUUAAAAGCUUAUGUUCUAAUUUUUUGUUAAUAAAAAUAUUCCCUCUGGUA